AUGGCGACGACGACGACGACGACGACGACGCCGACCGAGAAGCACCAGCUCGUCACCGUGGAGCUCAUAAGCGACACGAUGUGACCCAACGGGUUCAUCGGCAAGCGUCACCUGCAAAACGCGAUGCGCGAGGUGACGCGGACGCCGAUGGACGCUGACAAUCCGCUGAGGUUCAGCGUGCUUCGCGUGCCGUUCUUCCUGGAGCCGGACUACGAGGAAGACCCGGAGUGGCACGAGACGAAUCGCGCGAGGUUGGAGCGGAAGUGGGGAGGGAAGGAGGCGUUCGCCGCGCAGAAGCGUCGGCACCGUCUGAAGGAACGCGGGCGAGAGGUGGGCAUCGAGCACUUCAACCUCGACAGGCUCGCGUCGAACACGCUCAAGUCGCACCGGUUGAUUCAGUGGGUCACGAAACAUCGCGGAUGCGUCGCGUCCGAGGCGCUGUACAACGACCUGAACGACCGGCACUUCGUGAGAGGGCAGAAGCUCAACGACGUCGAGAUGCUCUGCGACGCCGCGGAGAGCGUCGGCGCGGACCGCGCGGAGUGCGACGCGUUCCUGAAAUCAGACGAGGGCCUCGCCGAGAUUCGGCUCGCGCAGGCGGUUUUGCGACGGAUGGGGAUACACUCGAUUCCGAACUUUGUCAUCGGCGGGAAGUACGUCGUCGGCGGCGCCGUGCACGCCUCGGAGCUUGUGGAGAUUUUCCGCGAGAUCGAGAAGACGGGCGAGGGCGCGCCGGACAGCGCGUUCGCGGAGACGCUUCAGAUCCCGGUCGAGAUGCGGUCGAAAACGCUUCCUUUGGAUGCGUUACCCACGCACGCACCCAAGACGACGUCGGCUUCCGCGUCGUCCGUGUAGUAGUGAGCGUGAGCGGGCGAGCGCUAGCUCUAUUUUUUACGCGCCGCGCCGGGCGCGCGCGCCGGUUCGCGAGCGCGACGAACUCGUGAAGGAUCGCGCGCGAAUCGGCCGCUCCGACGACGGCCGUCGCGCGAUCCCGAUUUCGUUUCGAGCGCUCGACGAACGCGGCGCGCGCGGAGACGCGCGGCGCGGUAGUCGGUGUUGAAUGUAGACGUGACGAACGCGACGAGCGAUUCGUUCGCGAUCGACGCGUGCGUUUCCGG